CUCUCCGCCGCCUCCAAAACAGCGAGAUUUCUCCAAUAAUCACCACUGCAUGCAAUGAUUGCGCGGAACGGCGUGUACAGCAUAACCGCAGGCAUUAUGAAAUGCAUCGCAUCGUUGUAUACAUUCGACCCAAGGACCAGAGGGUCCUCAAAUAACGAUAUUGAUGGCUCUGAAUGCAACGCCGGCCAUUGCUUGCAUUGGCAUCAUUGGCAGACAUGACAACCCUCUACACAUGUCGCUGUUCCCACCCCAUCAAGACGAAGACCUCGACAUGACAUUCCUCCUCAACUCCUGCCUGGACAUAUUCGAUCUACGCGCGCGAGCAAAGACGUUAGAUCAAGAUCUCGGUCUAUUGCAGGCCAUUGACGAACGCCUCGCCGCCUACGGAUGGCUCACCAACACCGGCAUCAAGUUCAUCAUCGUGGUCGACAUGAUGGGUCGCCCGCCUCCUCCGGACCAAGACAAGAGGAGAUUCCCUCCUGUCGUGGGCUUGCGGGAUGCCGACUUGAAGCCCGCGUUUCGCGCCGUACAAACUGCAUAUAUCCAGCUGAUGCUCAACCCUUUUUAUUCGCCUGACGACCGGACUCCGCUACAGAUUGCCAACUAUGGGAGCAAAAGCCCGGAGAUCACCAGCAAGAGAUUCAUCAACGAGCUACAACGGAUAGGAAAGAUAUGGACUCCAGGAAUCGCAAGCAUAUGAAUACAGUAACGCCGAGAACGACCCCGAACUGGAAGUGUGUACAUUUUCUGGACCGAGUGGCCGGUAAAGGAUGUCGGCACUAGUAGGCCUGCUUUCUGGCAUCAUGCUACAGUACCUUCAAGACCAGGGACUCUGAAUUCUAGUUCAGAGCUGAAGCGUCCAUCUUGAAACAGUCUCGUUCACCUCUUUUGACCGACACCGGGUCCUUCUCUCACAGAGUACCGGUGGAACGGGAUGUUGUCGAGACGCUGCCCACUGCACUGCACGCCGACUCAUUCCUUGAGUUCUCCCACAGCAGCAUCAAUCUUCGCGGCAGUCUCACCGACCUCGGCCGCAGUGGUUGCGGCCUCUUGCUCCUCCCGGGACGGAGUUUUGAUCAAGGGAACCUCGUCCAUCUUGGUGUCUGGAUCCGCCAGCUUGGUGGUAGUUUCCUUGGAAUCCACCGGCUCUUGUAUCACUGGGACAACUUUGUCCGUGGCUGCCGACUCUUGUAUCGCUGGGGGCUCCUUGUCUGUAGCUGCGGGCUCUUCAUGGGAUUCUUUCUCGGUACUAGUAUCACCCAAAGUCUUAAUGUGCUCGAGCACGGCAUCCAAAGUCUUUGCUGCGCCGGCUUGCUCCCAGACGGUGAUUCGUUCGCCAUCGGCCUUCUCGAUGACAACGACGCCCCUUGCGGUCGACUUACCCGGUCCAGGCUUCUUCAUACCGAUUGCAGUUGUCAAAGUGGCACCCGGAUCGCACUGAGUGGGAGGAAUUGGGUAUCAGCAUAAAGACUCUCAAAGAGACCAACAACGACGAUGCACCACGGCCGGGCGAUGUCAUUGUGGGAGUUAACUAACAAAGGACUUACCAAAAGUUGAUAAGGCAGUUUCUGCUUCGUUGCAAAAGUCGUAUUGGCCUUGGGACUGUCGGUGCUCAGGCCAAAGACCGAGAAGCCUGCAGUUCUGAUAGUGUCGUAGUUGUCGCGGAAGAGACAUACUUGAGUUGUGCCUAGCGAACGCAUUGAACAUAAGUUUCCGAAUCAAAACGAAGAACUUGAAAUCCGA